GUCUGUGUGUGUGUGUGUGUUUGUGUCUGUGUCUCUUUCGCUCUCCGCCAGGGCUGUACACACCCAUACAGCAACCCACAUCCCUUCCCCCAACUCCCACCCCACACACACACACACACACACACACACACAAACAUACAGAGAGAGAGAGAGACGGGGCAAGGGGGCUUGGUUGGAUAGCGGAGCAUGUAUGACAGUCUUAACCUGGGAAAAUUUUCCUGGCAGUAUCAGGAUAAGGGUCUCGGGGAGCGGGGAGGCGGCGAGAGCUCCGGUAUGUACCUACCCAGCUGCGCCGCCUACUAUCUACCGGAGUUCGGCGCCGUGUCGUCGUACCUCUCGCCUCAGAGCCCGGCGCCCCGCCGGAUGGCCUACCCGUUCCCGGGAGCUCUCCCCCCGGCGCCGGGGGCUAGGGACCCGGCCCCGUUCGGCUCCGCGGAAGCGCCGCUGGGCUGGCGGACAGGAAGGGUGUCUUACCCGUACGCGGCGCCGGGGGAACCGGCGGAGAGAGACGGCCUCCCGCCGCCUCCUCCUGCCCCCCAACAGCCACCCCCGACAUCCGUCGCCGACCUGCUGCUGGGAGGCGGCGCGGUUUACAGUCAACGGCGCCACCUACUACAACAACAACACCAGCAGCGCCGGCCGAGCCCCGAGCGGGCCGCCGCCGCCGCCCGCCAUUUCUACCCGGUGAAAGGCGGCGCCUUGCCUCAGCCGUCGGAUGUCUUCUUCGAUGCUGCCUAUUGCGGGGUUGGGGUAAUAGGAGAAGGAGGAGGAGGAGGAUUAGCGAGUUUCCACAAUCAACAACAACAACAACAACAACAACUGCUGCAGGCGGCGAGAGAGGCCGAGCCAGUCCCCGGAGGGAAGACAAAACCGGCCGAAGACCCGAGGCAGGAGCCCGGAGCCGUCCCGCACUCCAGGCUCGAUCAGCAGCGGGGAGGGGUGGCCGUUCUCUCAGGUCUCACAACCGGAAAGAUCUUCAGUAAUUCCAACGGGGCCCGGACCAGGAAGAAAAGGUGUCCGUAUACCAAGUUUCAAAUCCGUGAGCUGGAGAGAGAAUUCUUUUUCAAUGUUUACAUUAAUAAGGAGAAGAGAGUCCAACUCUCCCGGAUACUGAAUCUCAGCGACCGCCAAGUUAAAAUUUGGUUUCAGAAUCGAAGGAUGAAAGAAAAGAAAUUAAACAGGGACCGAUUGCAGUAUUUCUCCGGGAAUCCGCUCUUGUGAAAUUAACUAUCAACACGUAUUUGUAUGUGUGUGUGUGUGAUGUAAACACAGGCAGAGAGAGAUGAAGUACUGGGUCCAUUUGCGAAUAAAUACAACUGCAAGAGAGAGAGAGAGAGAAAGCAAAAAUGGACCCCUGCUUUAUUGUACCCAACCGACCGCAUACUCUCUCCUUCCUCAGAGAGAAAAAAAAUGUUUCGUACCUCUAUCGUAUAGAACAUUUUGCAGAAAGACACGAACUGUGAAACAAAACAGCACACACAUGCACACACAAAAAUAAACGAGGUUAGGCGAUUAUUUUACGCCUUGGAACGGGAUGGUCGCGGUGGGGAACGGGCGUAUGAAUAUGCAAUGAUGUGUUUAAUUUGCCUCGGCUGUUCUCACACAUGCACACAGACACACACGCGUACACACACACUUAGAUAUACACACAGACGCAGACACUCACUUAGAUAAACAUAUACAGGCAUACACACACACACACGCAUUUAGAAAAGACACACUCACUUAGGUACACACAUACAGACAUACACAGGCAUACACACACACUUAGACACACACACACUUAGAAAAGACACACUCACUUAGAUACAUGCAUACAGACACACAGUCAUACAGCCACACACUUAGACAAGGCACACUCACUUAGAUACAUGCAGACACACACAGGCACACAUUUAUACACACUUAGACA